AUGGAUCGACUCUCCAUCCAGCCAAUACAGUCCCUGGUCCCUAUCGGCUGGGUGCAGGACUGGCGCGUGGACCGGAAUCAGACCUCUCCCAAGUCCUUCCAGAUUCCUAUCUCACCUAACCAGAACACGACGGGGAACAAAGCCGUUCCCGAGGAUGCAGUGUCGUUGCGCCGCCACGAUUUGGGGACUCUCGGGCUUUUGCGCUUCGUCCUAGUACCUGCAUGCGAUCCGAGCCGGUGA